AUGGCAACCCCCUCACCAACGCCUAGCCGCGGCGAUGGAUGUGUCCUAGUAGAAUGGUACUUCGACACCCGCAAGUGGUACCCCACGGCGACUCUUCCGAGGCAUCUAGAGGCUCACGCCGCCCGUGCCUUUGCUAUCCUACCCCCAGACGUCCGGGACCGAGUGUUAGCAUACUAUCAUAUGUCUGACGCCAAGAUGGCCUUAGGCUCGGCCCUGAUCAAGCACUACGCCAUAGCCCGUCUUGCGCGCGACCCGGCGGUGACGUGGGGUGAGGUAGUGACUACGGGCUUCACGCGGGAUGGGAAGACCAAGCCAACGUUUGUUGUGGCCGGAAAGGGAAAGAACGGGGUGGGACGCCAGCCCGUGGUGUUUAAUGUCUCGCAUCAGGCGGGAAUCGUCGCGCUGGUAGCUGUCGCGGGGUAUCCUCCCCCCUCCCUCCCUUGCCAGGUCGGUGUGGACGUCGUCAGCACCUCCGAACGGCGGGACCGCGACCGGGCGAAGAUUAUGGGACAGCCCCGUGGCUGGUACGACUUUGUGAACACAUAUGGCGACGCCUUUUCCGCGAACGAGGUCGCUUUUCUCAAGAACGAAGUCCUCAGCGCCGUGCCGUGGUUAUUACACAUGACGCCCGGCUGCAAUGGUGCUGCGCCCACGGCCGAGCAAGUCGCGGAUGGGAAGCUACGGGCUUUCUACGCGGCUUGGGCGAUGCGCGAGGCCUACGUCAAGUUGACUGGCGAUGCCUUGUCGGCUCCAUGGCUGAAGGACCUCGAGUUUGUGCGGGUAGCCCCGCCGCGGCCAACCGCUGGAUGGGAUGUGCCGGCAAAGGAGGAAGAGGAGGCAGGGGAAGUGGUGCGGAACAUCGAGAUCCGGCUCAAGGGGAGGCGGGUGGAUGAUGUGAAUAUGUGUCUACGAUCCCUGGGUGACGACUGCAUGAUAGCGACGGCAGUGAGGACGCCAUGGAACAAGCAGGAUGCGCUGGGGUGGGUGCUUGGCCCUUAUGAAGAGUUGAUCCUGGAGGAUGUGCUGAAGUUUGCAGAGGAGGACAGUUGA